GCCCCGCCCCCGCGCGGCGCUGCGGAACCGGAGCUCCGGGCGGCGUCGGCAGAGGCGCGGGAGGUGGUGAGGCCAGGGCAGGGCGGCAGGAGCCCGCGCGGCGACCGCAGCGAAAGCAGCGGGGACAGAGCAGAUCACGACGAAGGCGCACAGGCAGCGGGGCCGGGCCGGGCCACCAGGAGAGCGGCCACCGGGAAGCGGGCGGGAGGCCGGGCUGGCAGCUGGCAGCAGCCGAGCCGCGAAGCGACAUGGUGCUGCUCAAGGAGUAUCGGGUCAUCCUGCCUGUGUCUGUAGAUGAGUAUCAAGUGGGGCAGCUGUAUUCUGUGGCUGAAGCCAGUAAAAAUGAAACUGGUGGUGGGGAAGGUGUGGAGGUCCUGGUGAACGAGCCCUACGAGAAGGACGAUGGCGAGAAAGGCCAGUACACACACAAGAUCUACCACUUACAGAGCAAAGUACCCACGUUUGUUCGAAUGCUGGCCCCAGAAGGCGCCCUGAAUAUACACGAGAAAGCCUGGAAUGCCUACCCUUACUGCAGAACCGUUAUUACAAAUGAGUACAUGAAAGAAGACUUUCUGAUUAAAAUUGAAACCUGGCACAAGCCAGACCUUGGCACCCAGGAGAAUGUGCAUAAACUGGAGCCUGAGGCAUGGAAACAUGUGGAAGCUGUAUAUAUAGACAUCGCUGAUCGAAGCCAAGUACUUAGCAAGGAUUACAAGGCAGAGGAAGACCCAGCAAAAUUUAAAUCUGUCAAAACAGGACGAGGACCAUUGGGCCCAAAUUGGAAGCAAGAACUUGUCAAUCAGAAAGACUGCCCAUAUAUGUGUGCAUACAAACUGGUUACUGUCAAGUUCAAGUGGUGGGGCUUGCAGAACAAAGUGGAAAACUUUAUACAUAAGCAAGAGAAGCGUCUGUUUACAAACUUCCACAGGCAGCUGUUCUGUUGGCUCGAUAAAUGGGUUGAUCUGACUAUGGAUGACAUUCGGAGGAUGGAAGAAGAGACGAAGAGACAGCUGGAUGAGAUGAGACAAAAGGACCCAGUGAAAGGAAUGACAGCAGACGACUAGCGCCACUGCCCUUUCUGCACUUUUUGCAAGACAGUGGUCAACAGGAAGGCCCAGCAGCUCCACCCUCCUGAGUGGCAGGCCAUCUUCGGACGCAGCCUUUCUGUGCUCAUUCUUCAGGCAACUUUCAAUCCCUUACUAUAGCUAUUUCUAGAUGCCCUUUAACAUUGUGAACAAAUAGACCGUCUGGUAUUAUAAAGCCUGUGUGUGCGGGAGCCUGAUCCUCUAAGAUCUAUGGUGUAGCUGCUGUGUUUACAGCUCAUCCUCUCUCCACUGUGCUCUGACCCAUUUCUGUAUGCCCUCCCCUUUAUUUCCAAGUGACGUUCUCAGUCUUUCCAAUGAGCUGCCUUUUGUGAUGUGAUUAUUUAAGCUCACUUAUUUCAGUCUUGGGAUAAACUGAGCUAUUUUGCUUCCUGGGCAGAUCUUUGGCAAUGUGGAAUAUUCACUUGGGGAGAGAGGAGGAGUUUAAAAUACAGACACCUUCCCCCAGCUCCUCACAAUAGGAAUGUGGCUUCAGACCCCUGACCUCUGCUCCUAGUAACCUCUUGUUUGUGUGCUCUAAGCACCAAGAAGGCACCCAAGGCCCAGCCAGUCUCAGAAAAUUUAGCAAAUAAUAAAUAACCCCUACUCGAGUCAUUGCAUCUCUGGUUAAUAUUCUUAGAAAUCUUCUCAGCCCUCCUGUUGCCCACUCUGUCUGGAUCUCUUUGUAGAGCCUACAGGAACCCACCACUGCCCAGCUGGAGAAGCGUCCAGUGUGGCCUGUAGACACCAAUCAGACCCCAGGAGCGCUGUGUGUCCGUGCUCCUUUUCCCUUUUGGGCUGGUGCUGCCACUCAGCAAUAAUCCUCUCUGUGCUUUCUUAGACCCCUGUCCUCUUUGAGGCUGGUUAGGAUGCAAGAGUCCUGGUCUUUUCAUGCUGCACAAAACAAGCAUGCAAAAAGCUUUCAUCCCUAACAAGACAUGGACCUUCCUGUUUCUAAUCACUGGACAAGAAUCUGCAGAUCAAGAACUCAGCUCAUCCUGCCCCACACUGAGUUCUGUCCUGGACAAUCAAAAGCAAGCAGUGACUGUAGCCUGGAACAGUUAGCACAGCAGGCUGGUGAAGCCCAGGCUCCAGGGGAGCGGAAGCUGCAGAGCACUUGCUGGUUUUUCUAGAUGGGCAGAAAAUGAGUAUGCCUUUCUGGUGGGAGAGUGGGAUAUAGUAGUGUCACCUGACAUUUCAGUCAGUCAGCCCUGUGUGUAGUGAUCCAAGCCCAUGAUUGCCAGGGUACCUGUUAGAGACACCAGAUCUCUACUAGGGGAGUGACAAGUUUUUGUCAGUGUUUGCCUUACUCAUUUCUAAGUGCAAUAGGCAGUGUCUUGGGGACUGCGCCUGAGGCAUCCUGACUGUGGUCCUCCUGGAGUAAGGGUAGACGGAUUUGGGCCCCUCACAUGGUUAGCUCUGACCUUCCUUGAGGCUCUUGGACCAGGAGAUGUCCGGUAACAGACACCUUCCAAGGUAUUAGUCUCCUCACCUUGUGGAGUCUUUAGGAAUGCACUUGGGGCAUCUUGGUGAUUAGCAUAUCAGCUGCUAGUAGCAUGGGAAAGUUGGAAAAGAAGCAUUCCUAAUGGAGAAAAACAUAAAUGUUCUCAUAUAAGCUCUAUAUUAAAUCAAAUCAUAUUUGUGCUUAAAGAUUUUCCUUCAGUAACUAGGUUGAAGUCCAGAUGUGUUAUCUUGAGAGAAGUUGAUACUCUAGGCAGAUAGUUUACAUGGUAUGAGGGUCAAAAUAUAUUUGUCUCCUUCAGCACUUCCUAUCAGUCACCUUGGCCUCAAUCCUGGCCUUUUACCUGCCUUGCGCCCCUGCUGUUGCCCACAUUUGAAAGCAUCCAAAUGAUCCGAACUAGAAUUUCCUGAGACCAGCCUGGAUUUAGGGCUCCUGCCCACAAAAACACGAAGGAUGUCCCUGUCUUGUUCCAUCCCCAUGGGUGGGGUUGCUGCUGGACAAAUGUUGGCUUUUAAGUAUCCCCUUCCUUUACCCACCCCCAUUGACUAGCACUCAAGAGGGCUGGUGAUGCAAGGCUCACCUCUGGUGAGAAUCCCUGAGAGUGUAUCAUGCUUCUUCAGACUGGCUGCUUCCAUUACAUUUUUGCUUUACUCCCAGCAGGAGGGAGCAGCGGUGUGUCUGCACAGGACCUGCUGGGCUCCAGCCUUCUUGUGGAGAGAUGCUGGGGAGAGGCAGGUCAGGGUCACGGUUGUGGACAUGUGUGCAUCCUUCCACACACUCCCUCACGUCCCUCCCGGGACCUCUGGCUUUCUUGGGUUGGUUCUUAGUGCUACUUCUUUUCCAGACUACACUUUGGAGAACUGAUUAGUUACCUGUUUAUUUAAUGUGAGUUUGUGCCUUUUUGUCUCCAUCUUCCAAUACAGGUAUAUUGGGGAAAAAGCAGUCUAAUAAAAUCCUAGACAGAGUUUUUUGAAGUCUAGCUUAUUGGUGAUGUUCCUAUGUCCAGUUUUCAAAUUAGCUGUCCUUAAAGCUCCUACUGAUAUCUCCCCAGUUUAUUUACAGGAGAGGAUUAUGAAAAGAUACAGUGGUGUUUCUGACAUUUUCUGUAAAUAAAGUAUUCCUUGUCCAAAAAAGUCA